AUGCCCAUCGAGGCUGACACAACCAACAUGGGCCCUUCCGCUGUCUCUGGUAAUGGCUCGAGCAGCGGGAAUUCUUCCGUCCAGACCGCCAAACCCGACCCCUCCCAAAACACCAACAGCACUUCCUUCCCCCCGCCAAAGACCGAUAAGCCACGGCCGCACGUCUGCGGGACGUGCCAGCGCUCGUUUGCCCGCCUCGAACACCUUAAGCGACACGAGCGCUCACAUACCAAGGAGAAGCCCUUCGAAUGCCCGCAGUGCACACGAUGCUUCGCGCGGCGCGAUUUGCUCCUGCGACACCAGCAAAAGCUACACCAGCAGGGCGCCACUUCCUCACGGCCUCGCACCGGUCGCAGGGAAAGCACGACCGGCCUUCCUCCCAACAGCGCCGGACGAGUGCGUAAGAACUCCGUCGCAAGCAGCGUUGGCGGCCCGUCUGGCGUCAACCCCUCCAUGAGGCCGCGCGCGAAUACCAUUAGUCAUGUUGAUCCCGCUGCACUCAACAGCCUUCUCGCUUCCCACAACGCCUCGCUGGGCCGGGGAGGUCACCCUGGCCAUUCACAUCAUGCAAGUCUGACCGGCUUAGGCGGCCCCAGCGCGUACGACUUCCGUGGUAUGUCGAGCGUUGUGGGUGGUCCUGGGCAGCAUCACGGCCUACCGAAGCUCGACACCCACCUCGGCUUCGGCAUGGGUGGCGGACUGCGGACAGCACCCAUACCCGGGUUUGGCCAGGACGAAUAUGAGUUGGACAAAUUCUUUGGUCCUUCUGGUUCGACAAUAAAUCCAAAUCAGUUGCACCAUUUCAAUGCAGGUAUGGGCGGGCAGCCUUCAUUCAAUGUUUUUGGGAAUCCGUUUGCAACGACCGCCAUCGACGAAGAUGACCUUGCUUGGAGUGCCGGCCUGGAUGGCUCGAUGAUUUUCCCCGGCCCUAAUGACCCUGUUGGCGACGGAUCCUCUCCAUCGGCGAUAAGUACCACCAGCCAGAGCGGUUUCAGCGAGGUCAUGGUGGACGGUUCAGGGCAGCCGACAAGUACACCCAUGUGGCACCAGCCUUUGGUCACACAUACCAGCAUCAAUCCCGCAGGCUACUCUCUAGAUGCCAUGGCACCCGUGUUUCCUGAGCUCAUGAUGAACAACAACACUGUCUCUCCAAAGGAGCUAGGAGAUCAAGGUGCGCCGGCUGAUUUCUACAUGUCAACACCCCCAGCUUUCUCAGCCAUGAGCCCUACUGCAGGUAUUCCGGGUAUGCCGAAUCAGUAUUUCCAACCUCCGAUCACAUUCAAUUCUGAUUCCGGCAGCAUAUCAUCCUCUUCAAUGAACGGCAGUGCUAGGCACAGCUCUGUUACCUCGGUCUCCAGUGACACCUUGACGGACGCCACGAGACAAGCUCUAGUCUUCAACCUCUCUCAGGCACUCGGAUAUGGAAAUCCUCAGCGCAAGUUUUCGCAACCACAGAUCAGCUCGCCGCUUUCAGCCAACUCCAAUAAGGCAACAAGUCAGGUUGCUCCCCUUCCGAGCACCAUGGACCUCCAGCGUUACGUCAAUGCUUACAUACAAUACUUCCAUCCUCACCUACCAUUCCUACACAUUCCUACCCUCUCCUUCGAUACCCCAGCAUACACACAUCAGUUGCGUUCAGCUAGCAACUUCAACCACGAUGGCAUGGUGGGCGGCGGCGGCUGCCUGAUUCUUGCCAUGGCAGCAAUAGGCGCCCUUUACGAGUUCGAGCAUGUGGUGGCCAAGGACCUUUUCGAGUCUGCAAAGAAAAUGAUACUCUACUAUCUGGAUGAACGCCGUCGAGCCGGUCUCUCCGCUGCUGUUAACGGACCAGGCGCCAACAACGAUUCUGUAAACAAGCCUCCGCUGUGGCUCGUACAGGCCAUGACAUUGAACCUUAUCUUUGGCCAUAACUGCGGCGAUAAACAGGCUGCAGAUGUUGCCAGCACACACUGCGCCGCGCUCGUCAGUUUGGCGAAAGCCGCUGGCCUUGAUCGACCAACUGGUGAUACCUUCACCGCAUCAAGCCCGCCGAAUGAUGUCAAUGGCGAUGUUGAAAUGGGCGAUGGAUCACUACCUCCAGAUUAUUCACAGAGAAGCCCAUCUGGCGAGCCAAUAGACGAGCAUACUCAAUGGAUACGAUGGAAGCAAGUUGAGGAACGCAAAAGAACCUACUUCGCCGUCUUCUCCAUGUCUAGCCUUUUAGUCUCUGCAUAUGCCCAUGCACCGCGGAUAUUGAAUUCUGAGAUAAGGCUUGAUUUACCUUGCGAGGAAGAUCUUUGGUCGGUCGACAACCCACAAGCUUGGGCUGCUAUGGGAGGACCAAUGAUUGCUCAAUCCAAAGGACUUUCUUUCAACGCGGCAAUGACGUAUCUACUAGAGGCAAGCACGCGCCAGCAAUCAGGGCGUGCGAAUGGCUCGUAUCAGCAGACGUUUGGCGGGGACCUGGCCAUGGGUGAGAUGACUGAAAGCGAAAUACGCCCCAGCACCUUUGGGUGUUAUGUGCUUAUCAAUGCUCUUCAUGUCUACAUCUGGGAAACCAGACAAAGACACACAGGUCGCUUGUGGAAGACCCAUGAGACCGAGGCCAUGCAUGCGCAGGUCGAACCAGCAUUGAAGGCAUGGCAGUCAGCUUGGAGGGCGAAUCCAAACCACAGCAUCGAACGACCUAGUCCGUUUGGUCCCUUGUCUGCGGAUUGCAUACCUCUGUUGGAUCUGGCGUACGUGAGACUAUUCGUUAAUCUAGGUCGUGCGAAAGAACUGCUUUGGCAGCGAGACUUCGACGGCAUGUCGACAGAACUCGCGAGGGGCGUGGACGUGGUCGCACACGCCGACGGUACUCCUGAACGAUCAGAACCUGUGGACGCAAAGCUUUCUGAUCCAAACAACGCUGGCGCAGGUGUUUCACCGGGAGCUAUCGACGGUAUGAGCCCGGGACAAUCAAGCAAUGGUCUGCAAUCGAGCCAGUCUUCGAAGCGGGAGCGGCAUCUUCGCAGAGCAGCCUUCUAUGCCGCCGACUCACUCUCAAUGGCCGACAAGCUUGGUGCGACAUAUGCUGAGUUCACCGCGAGAGAGCUGCCCAAUUCCUCAGCAAUGUGCAGCUUUGAUUGCGCACAAAUUCUCGCUGAGUGGCUUGCAUCCGUUCAGGAUCGUGUAGGUCGCUUUCUGGGAGUUCUCGGGAAGGACGAGAUUGACUAUACGGCUGUCCCUGCGAUCAUGCUAUUAGAAGAAGAGGACGUCAAACUGAUUCAAAAGAUUGCUGAUAUUCUGCAAACCGCAGACAUGAAGCUCGCUUACGACAUCACUUCAAAUGCCAUACCCAUGCUCGGUGGACUUUCGAAUCUUGGUCAUUGUGGCUACGGUACUAAACUCCUCAUGGUCACGGCAUACAUGCUUGAGAAAUCGGCUGUUUGGCCAGUGACUCAUGUAAUGGCUCGUGCUUUGGAAGCACAUGCAAAACACCUCAACCAGCGCGCCGAAGCCUCCGUGCUGGCAUAG